UCUUUUAAGAUUCUGGAUAAAAAGGCCUCGUACUGCCGUGCUCGAGUUCUCUGUCCGUCCUCUACACACCCUGUUUUCUCCGACUCGCCGAGCUCCUGAAGAUGGCGAACCCUCCCCAUGGCGGCGUCCUCAAGGACCUGAUUGCCCGCGAUCUGCCCCGGCACGCAGAGCUUUCCGAAGAAGCCGCGAACCUCCCGUCUCUAUUCCUCACCGAGCGCCAGCUCUGCGACUUGGAAUUGCUCCUCAAUGGCGGCUUCUCGCCCCUCGAAGGCUUCAUGUCGGAGCAGGACUACAACAGAGUCGUCAAAGAGAACCGUCUCGCCGAUGGCACCCUCUUCAGCAUGCCCAUAACCCUUGAUGUGUCGAGCGAGACCAUCCAAGAGGUUGGCCUCAAGCCCGGAGUGCGAAUCACUCUGCGGGAUUUCCGAGACGACCGCAACUUGGCCAUCCUGACCAUCGAGGACGUCUACAAGCCAGACAAGGCUGUCGAGGCACAAGAAGUCUUUGGCGGUGACGAGGAACACCCCGCUGUCAAGUACCUCUUCAGCACGGCACAAGAGUACUACGUGGGGGGGAAGCUCGAGGCAGUGAACCGGCUGCAGCACUAUGACUUCGUCGACUUAAGAUACACUCCUGCUGAGAUCCGACUGCACUUCGACAAGCUGGGAUGGACCAGGGUCGUUGCCUUCCAGACGCGCAAUCCCAUGCACCGCGCCCACAGGGAGCUUACCGUCCGGGCAGCCCGGUCUCACCACGCUAAUGUCUUGAUCCACCCGGUCGUCGGCUUGACCAAGCCGGGUGACAUCGACCACUUCACCCGCGUGCGUGUGUACAAGGCUCUCCUCCCUCGAUACCCCAAUGGCAUGGCCGUCCUCGGUCUUCUCCCCCUCGCCAUGAGAAUGGGAGGUCCCCGGGAGGCCAUCUGGCACGCCAUUAUCCGCAAGAAUCACGGCGCGACACACUUUAUCGUCGGCCGCGACCAUGCCGGGCCGGGCAAGAACAGCAAGGGCGUCGACUUCUACGGCCCUUACGAUGCCCAGUAUGCGGUCGAGAAGUACAAGGACGAGCUGGGCAUUGAAGUGGUUCCGUUCCAGAUGAUGACCUACCUGCCCGACAGCGACGAGUACGCGCCCAUCGACGAGAUCCCCAAGGGCAUCCGGACGCUGAACAUCUCCGGGACCGAGCUGCGCACCAGGCUGCGGAGCGGCCGCGACAUCCCCGAGUGGUUCUCGUACCCCGAAGUCGUGAAGGUGCUGCGCGAGUCUCACCCCCCGAGAUCCCAGCAGGGAUUCACCGUCUUCCUGACCGGGUUCCAAAACAGCGGCAAGGACCAGAUCGCCAGAGCGCUGCAGGUCACCCUGAACCAGCAAGGCGGCCGCUCCGUGUCCAUGCUCCUGGGCGAGACGGUCCGCAGCGAGCUCUCGUCCGAGCUGGGCUUCAGCCGCGAGGACCGCACCAAGAACAUUGGGCGCAUCGCGUUCGUUGCCUCGGAGCUGACGAGGUCCGGCGCAGCCGUGAUUGCGGCGCCGAUCGCGCCCUUCGAGGACGCAAGGCAGCACGCCCGCGAGCUGGUCGAGAAGUACGGUGACUUCUACCUUGUCCACGUCGCGACGCCCCUGGAAUACUGUGAGGCUACCGACAAGAGGGGCAUCUACAAGAGCGCCCGCGCAGGCGAGAUCAAGGGCUUCACCGGGGUUGACGACCCGUAUGAGCCUCCCGUCAAGGCGGACAUGGUUGUCGACUGCGAGAAGCAAUCCGUGCGCUCCAUCGUCCACCAGAUCGUGCUUUUGCUCGAGAGCCAAGGCCUCUUGGACCGCUUGUGAGGAAAGUCCUGGUGGAGCAUAGAGCGAGAUGACAGCUGUGCGCCAAGAGAGCUCAUAAAAAUUGAAUGUUCUGUUUCUCAGUACCGCAGGCCGAGUUGCGGCGCACGACCGGACCGGAUCGGUUGGCAGCUGCAAAACUU